AGCUGAGGGCCAGAUAUCCACGCCGGCCUAGGCUAAAACCUCGUGCAACGGCGCGAACCACAGCGCUUUAGUCCAUCCCACGACGGCUAACCGAGUGACAGAUGUCGUGCUUCUCGCUUUGGCCAUAUCUUACGAUGGGUUUAAUGCCGGGAAUCUGGAUUGGCAGUAAUGCGAUAGUUUGGUUGGGUUUGUUUCCAGAAUGUCAAAUCGCAAGUGGCCAUGGCAACUCUCCCGAUCGUCGACGAAUGGUUUCCAAGCCCCGAGAAACAGGAAAGUGGAUUCGUUUGAUCUACAGAGCCUUGCGGCUCGGCAGCCUCCUGCAAGAUGAUCACUGGCGAUCUGGACCAUGGUGCCUUAGCAGGAACGCAUCCUGACUAACGGCCUACCGCUAUAUGUGCGCUCGUGCGCAGCGCACUGUCGUGUGGGUAAGCUUUAGACGCCUCCUGCAUGUCUCGUUGCGUUUUGCGGGAUUGGCUGAGUUUGACAUCGGUCGGCCACUCCGCUGUAUUUGGCUGGCCAUCCGGAGGAUAUUAACAGAGCA